AAUCCUCUCAUUUUCUUAUUAUUUUCAGCUUUUUUUUUACUAUCAAACAAAACUCUCUCUAUCUCUUUGAAAGUGGGCUCUCCGGUUUUACGCUGGUUGGCAGCUGAAACUGCUCAAUACUUCUCUCUCUUUCUCUUCCUUUAAAACCCAGACACCAACUCUUUCUCUUUUCCUUUCCUUUCUUUCUUAGCCAAAAGUGGAAAACAAUAACAAACAGUUCUUUUUUUUUUGUUCGGAGAAAUCCCAGAGGAGUUUGCAUGCAUUUAACCUGUUUUGAAGCUUAAAAAAAGAUUUUCAAUUUUUUUUUCCAAGCUUCGUGAUUAUCGUAGUUGUUUUUCUGAAAUGGAGCAGUUUUAAGUAACGGUUAAGGCAAAAAUACACCAGCUGAUUUUUGUUUGUUUCCUGAAGAAAUAGUUUUGGUUUCUAGUGUCAUUUUAGAGAAAGGAAAAAGUUUUUGAAGGUUAGACUUAUAGUUGUAGCAUAUAUAUAAGGAUAUUAAAUGGCAUCAGCAAGUAACUGGCUUUCAUUUUCACUAUCUACAAUGGAGAUGUUGAGGUCAUCAUCUGAGCCUCAGUUUGUGUCAUAUGAAGGAUCCUCUUCUGCUGUUUCUCCUCAUUACCUGAUCGAUAACUUCUAUGCUAAUGGCUGGACAAAUCCAAAACAUCAAGUGUUUUUUACAGAAGGAGAGGAGAACCAAAGCAACGAAGCUCAACCCCCAGCCAUGGCUGAUGAAUCCCCCAUUCUCACAAGCUUCCACCAACAAGCACCAAAGCUUGAAGACUUCCUUGGCGAUUCCUCAUCGAUUGUUCGAUAUUCAGAUAGCCAAACCGAAACCCAGGACUCAUCUUUAACCCAAAUCUAUGAUCACAGUGGCUCUGCUUACUUCAAUGAGCACCAAGAUCUCAAGGCAAUCACUGGGUUUCAAGCGUUUUCGACAAACUCUGGAUCGGAAGUCGAUGACUCGGCUUCGAUGGGUAGAACUCACUCGACUGCUGUUGAGUUUCCGGGUCACUCGAUUGAGUCAUCUGGUACCGAGUUGGGCUUCUCCAAUUGUCCUACCGCUGGUGCCUUGUCACUUGGGGUUAAUCAAAGUUGCGAAAACAAUAAUAAUAAGGCCAUUGUUUCGGUUGACUCAGAUUGCUCAAAGAAGAUUGCUGAUACUUUUGGUCAGCGAACGUCAAUUUACAGAGGAGUCACCAGACAUAGAUGGACAGGUAGAUAUGAAGCUCAUCUAUGGGAUAACAGCUGUAGGAGAGAGGGUCAAGCCAGAAAAGGGCGUCAAGUGUACUUGGGUGGCUAUGAUAAGGAAGAAAAGGCAGCUAGGGCUUAUGAUUUAGCUGCUCUAAAAUACUGGGGUCCCACAGCAACGACCAACUUCCUGAUUUCAAAUUAUUCAAAAGAGUUGGAGGAGAUGAAACAUAUGACCAAGCAAGAGUUUAUUGCAUCCUUGAGGAGGAAGAGUAGCGGAUUUUCAAGGGGAGCAUCAAUUUACAGAGGUGUUACAAGGCAUCAUCAACAGGGCCGAUGGCAAGCAAGGAUAGGCCGUGUUGCUGGAAACAAGGACCUAUAUCUAGGGACUUUUGCUACUGAAGAAGAGGCAGCAGAGGCAUAUGAUAUUGCGGCCAUCAAGUUUAGGGGUGUGAAUGCAGUAACCAACUUUGAGAUGAACCGGUACGAUGUUGAAGCCAUUGCCAAGAGUUCUCUUCCCAUUGGUGGUGCAGCAAAGCGGCUAAAGCUUUCACUUGAAACGGAGCAAAAACCAAUAGUAAACCAUGAGCAACAACCCCACAGCAGCUUCAACAGUAACAGUAUAAGUUCUGCCCCCAUGCAGCCAAUAUCUGCUAUUCCUUGCGGAAUCCCUUUCGACUCAGCAGCAGCGGCUGCAUUUUAUCAGCAGAAUCUCUACCACCACCUCCAGACUGCCAACAUCGGCAUCUCUGAUCCCCCAGGUUCUUCCUCAACAAUGGCAACCCCAAUGACUGUAAUGUCGCAGCCUGCAGCUGAGUUUUUCUUUUGGCCUCACCAGUCUUACUAAAACGACCAAAGCAGUCUAAAAAGGAUUAGUUUACAAUUCAGCUAACAGUAGUGGCAACAGGCGGCAUGCUUCCGGCCAGCUGGCCCCAUAUCUGACCAUCACAACCUGAUCUACCUCUUACCUUGGCAAGAGUAGGAUUUAAGGGAAGAGGUUUUUUGUUUUGAAGGCUAAAGGUUCUAGUUUUUAAAAUCAGGAAGCUGGAUUUUGUAAAAUAUCUUUAUUAUCUUUAUUAUCUUCAAAUGCUAAAGCUAAGACAUGUUGAAAUGGGCAAUCCAUUCCAUUUUCUUGCGAAUUUUAAUUUUUAAUAUUUCUUAUCUUCAAAUGUUGAAGAUAACUCAGCCGCUCCACCAAGCCCUGACGAGCCAUGCUAGACCCAGGCUCCAUCUUUUUCUUAAGAUCCUCCUCGAAAGCGUUCUAGUAGAAGCAAUAUGAAGACAAAAAAUUGGGCAAAGCUGAAGAAAUGGUAAGUCUCUGAAGGGGAUGAGGUAAAAGAAAAAUGUAAAGCAGCUGAAGUUGCAUGGUUUCCAACUUCUCUUCGCCUUUCGAUUUUGACUAUUUCUACCCUU